CCAGACUGGAAAUAAGAUUAGCGACAACUUUUCGCUCGAGAUCGCGGCGUGUGUGCGGCUAGCGACGUUACUCACACAUUAAACAGGAAUGUCUUUUUUUAGUGGAGAUCCCAACUUCUGCCCAGAAUGUGGAAACGUUCUUCCUCUUCCAGGGAUACAGAACACAGUCCGGUGCCCUCGCUGCUCCUUCUGCAUCCCUGUAGCAGAGUUCUCAAGCCAGGAGAUCCGUUCGACAGUCGUCUUCAACCCUGUGGAGCAGUCGUCGGUGGCUCUGGAGGAUGAGGAGGACUCUGAGCUGAAGGGGCCUGUGAUUGACAGACGCUGUUCUCGCUGCAACAAAGAGGGAAUGAUUUACCACACCAGGCAGAUGAGAUCAGCAGAUGAAGGACAGACCGUCUUCUUCACCUGCAUACACUGCAGGUACCAAGAGAAGGAGGACUCCUGAGAAGAAACUCAACACACUUUCUCAAUUCCUCUUUUUGUUUCUAUGUAUAUGUUUGCCACAGUUACUUUCUCAAAACAUCGACUGUAAAUAUGAUUUCAAAGGAGGGCUGCAGGUGGCUCGGUGGUUAGCACCGUCGCCUCGCAGCUAGAAGGUCGCCGGUUGGCGUCCCGGUGAGAA